CGCAGACACGUACAGCACUGCUAUUUUGCGUUACCUCAGAGACGGCCAGUUAAUGGUGUCAAGCGGUCACGCCAAUGCGAUAAUAUUAGUCAGAAAAGAGACGGUAGCCGAUGUAAAGUGGAUUUUUAGAAACUGUAAUAGUGCAUCGGUUGCAGAUAGAUGCUAUCUCGACUACCAUGUCUGCGAAGGAAUAGUUUUAUGCUAAGUAAUUGGCUCGUUUGCAGCUGACUCGCCAUAUCAACACAAAGGCCUAUGUAGCUGGUUAGCAUUAGUUCAUCAGCUAGCUAGCUUAAACACAAACCUCCGCUUCAGCAAAUUAAGAGGCGUGUCAUUUUAAUGUUUUAGCUGUAACGCAGUUAAUCUGCUCUUCCAACAAGACAUCAUUGAGUAUUUCUUUUUUGCAUUUGAACGAUAAUGGCGGAUCAGGGUGCGGUGGUCAUGCAGCAGAAUUUGGACAGGAGCUGCUGGGUUUGCUUCGCCACAGACGAGGACGACCGCACGGCGGAGUGGGUGCGCCCGUGUCGCUGUCGCGGCUCCACCAAGUGGGUUCACCAGGCCUGUCUGCAGCGCUGGGUGGACGAGAAGCAGCGGGGGAACAGCACGGCACGCGUGGCCUGCCCACAAUGCAACGCAGAAUACCUCAUCGUCUUUCCCAAACUGGGUCCCGUGGUCUACGUGCUGGACCUGGCCGACCGGCUCAUCUCUAAGGCCGGCCCCUUCGCUGCUGCUGGCAUCAUGGUGGGCUCCAUCUACUGGACUGCAGUCACCUACGGAGCGGUCACUGUCAUGCAGGUGGUGGGCCAUAAGGAGGGCCUGGACGUUAUGGAGCGGGCCGACCCUCUGUUCCUGCUCAUUGGCCUGCCCACCAUCCCCGUCAUGCUGAUCCUCGGCAAGAUGAUCCGCUGGGAGGACUACAUCCUGCGUCUGUGGAGGAAGUACUCCAACAAGCUGCAGAUCCUCAACAGCAUCUUCCCAGGGAUUGGCUGCCCAAUUCCUCGAAUCCCGGCAGAGGCCAGCCCCCUGGCAGACCACGUGUCGGCCACGCGCAUCCUGUGCGGCGCCCUGGUCUUCCCCACCAUCGCCACCAUCGUGGGGAAGCUCAUGUUCAGCAGCGUCAACUCCAACCUGCAGAGGACCAUCCUGGGAGGAAUCGCCUUUGUGGCCAUCAAGGGGGCGUUUAAGGUGUACUUCAAACAGCAGCAGUACCAGAGGCAAGCCCACCGCAAGAUCCUCAACUUCCCCGAGCAGGAGGAGGCCUGAGGAGGCUGCGCAGUCCUCUGCACACGCCUCUGCACACGCCUCCACCUGGGGGGUGAGGAUAUGAACUGUCAGACUUGGAGCAGGAGGUGCUGGUGAAACAGACUUAGGAUCAGUGUCACCCUUAACCACCCACUCCUCCCUCCACAUCACCCCUCCUGGAGUGACCUUCAAUGUACGGGGCCCCACACAUUGUUUUUAAACUCUUGAUGCUUUGGUUGAAGGAGACGGACGAGACUCGUGGACAGACUGCAGCAUGAUUGCAGUCGAACUUUAAUGCGCAGAACUCUCAUAACUAAUACUUAUUGUAAAAAUAACUGUAUUUUAAAGAUAAAAAAAUGUGGGGCAUGUGUAAUUAGAAAGUUUUAUAAUAAUAAUAAAUGAUUGUUUUAUGUUGAUUUUGCAGAUUUGAAAAGCCCCCUUUGCCAAUGUUGGGGGUUUCUAUUGAAUGACGAGUAAAGUUCAGUGUGGUGUAGAAUGUAUUAAUGAUAAAACAAUAAAAUGUGUUGUGGAUCAUAAUGCAGAUCAUAACCGGCAUCAAGAGACAAGUCUUCAGUCUCAAUGCCACGCUGAAGACUGAGCGGACGCGGAGCACAGAAGCCUUCUGACCUGCGUCAUGUGAGGGGUUAAUGUUCAUGUUCAGGCCUUGGCAGUGUUUGUCCAUUUUACAAAAUGCUCAUAUCGUGAUGUGUUUCAAAGCUUCGUUGCCAUGACGCCCUCUCUACCAGAUGGACAGGAUGGAUGCUUUUGGACUGGAAAGCAUCUGAAGAGCUUCGAGGGAUGAAGCCCCUUUGUGCUCUGAGAUGUGCUGAACACUUCCCCCCCCCCCCCCCUGAAACAUGUGAACUCAGGGCAGACUGUGGUUCUGAGGUAAUUACAAUGCAGACAUAAGUGAAACGUGGACGCUGGUGAUUGGAAAGGAGUCACCCCGGCUGACAUUUUGGCAGGACUCUAAGGAAAUUAAAGGGCCAGUUCAACCAAAUGACAAACGCCAUAUUUUCUCACUACAGGCGAUCUUCAGCUAUGCAGAUAGUUUUGGGAUUUGUUUUUCCAGGUUUUCUUUUUUUAUUCCUGCCUCUAAACCUUUUUUUUCAAACUUUGUACAGAUGCCCUGAGAGGCAAGUGAGGACGUCUGAUCUAAAUACUUUUCUCUCCUGUGUUUAUGACUUCGGUUAUCCUGGGAUAAAAAACUUUUCCCUAUCUGUGGAAACUCAGAAGAAAAAAGGAACUUUGAAAGAUUACUUUGGCAAAACCAGGCGAGAAAACAAUUUCAAUCCUUUUUCUCUGCUUCUGUAAAUGCGUGGCUAUUUCUUCAGUGGUAAAUAAAAACCUUUAAAAAACAAGGUCUUGGGCACACUACAAUCAAAGGAGACAUUUCUCAACAUACCCUUGUUUUAUUAUUGUAAUAUUUGGAAGAGCAUUGAGGUAGCAACAGAAAUGUCAAACCUGGACAAAUAAAACAUGUUUGAGAUGUGUAUGGAAAUAGGGAUUUUUAAAGCUUCAGUGACCGUGGCUCUACAUGACAGUAAAUGCUGUGGGUGUUUUUAAACCAUGAUUAAGUUUCACUAUGUGGACGUCAGUGCACACUAAGCCAAGUUGCCGUUUUCUGCCUCAAAGGAAACAUGUGACUGAAAGUGUACAGUCGACCACUUGUAUAGUUAACCUGCACACUAACCGUGCUGCUUCAGAUGUCCUACAACCUGAACCACAGCCUCCCCGUAGAGACAGUCAGGCCUCCACUCUGCCAAAAGAGACGUUUUGUCUGAGUUUAGAGUUCUGUGAAUAAACGUAUUUUUCCAAUGUC